AUGUCGGACAACUCCAAGAAGGACGGUUCUUCGGACUGGUCGAACAAGGACGGUCAUUUCCGUCGUCAAGAAUCCUCUUUCCGUACAUCUAUCGAGCCGAAUGGCAAGCACGCGCCCGAGAUCGGGCGGUACCAUCUUGUCGUAGCGCUGGCGUGUCCCUGGGCGCACCGCGCGCUGAUCGUUCGUCAGCUCAAAGGCAUGGACAAGGUGCCGGACUUGCUGCCUGUUCACGUCGUCGACUCGCUGCUCGGUCCGGAGGGGUGGAGCUUCGUCCCCUACGAGGGCGAGCUCAAAGGUCUCGGUGUGCCAGGAACAGGCAUCAAGAUCCCCGGCCAUGAGGACAAGAAGAGGAUCCGAGAGCUCUACAUGGCGGCCGAUCCAAAGUACGAACAGCGCUGCACAGUGCCCAUCAUCUGGGACAACAAACUGGGGACUAUUGUCAACAACGAAUCGAGCGAGGUGAUUCGCAACCUCAACUACGCCUUUGACGAAUUCCUGCCAGAGGAACACAAGGGCGUGACGUACUACCCCGAGGAGCUGCGCAACGAGAUCGACGCCAUGAACGAGUGGGUCUAUCCGACCAUCAACAACGGUGUCUACAAGUGCGGGUUUGCCACUCUUCAAGAUGCGUACGAAUCCAACGUCGGUCCUCUAUUCGAAUCGCUCGAUCGAGUCGAGAAACAGCUCUCGGACGGCCGCAAAUUCUUGUUCGGCGGCAAACUCACCGAAGCUGACAUCCGACUCUUUACCACCAUCGUCCGCUUCGACUGCGUCUACUUUACGCACUUCAAGUGCAACUACCGCACCAUCCGAGAUGGAUAUCCGCACAUCAACCGGUGGUUGUUGGGACUGUACUGGAACGAUCCGGCGUUCAAGGAUACGACCGACUUCGACAGUAUCAAGGCGCACUACUUCCAGAGCCACCCCAACAUCAAUCCGCACCGCAUCGUGCCUCAGGGUCCCGUACCGCACAUUCUUCCGCUCAACAAGUAA